UCAGACGUUGAUUCGCAUUUGCAUCGGGCAGAUUCCACUAACUGCCAGCUCGUUAAAAAUUUCACCUAACCAAAAAGUCAAUAAAAUAUUACAAUAAAUUAAAAAAGUAUUAUAAAAAUGGCUAGAAUCUUGUGUGCUCUUGUUAUAAUUUUAAUUUCUGGCUUAUGCUUGGCAACAGAAAUUGAGUUGCCUCCAGUGGAGUUUAAGCCGGUUCGAGAAAUACCUGGAGAUAUACCGACCUGCCGGGAGGAAGACAUCAACAUCAGCGAGUGCAUCAAACAGGGCCUUCAGCAGAUAACGCCACGCAUGAAGUACGGCAUCAGCGAACUGAACAUCCCGCCACUCGAUCCCUUCGAGAUGGGCAAGAGUUCCUACAGCUACAACUCGGGACUCCUCCAGGGACGCAUCUCCAUGAAGAACGUGGUCGUCUAUGGGCUCAGCGAGGGAAUCGUCGAUAAGGUCAACUUCCGGCUGAAGGAAGGUCGCGUGCGCAUGGAGAUCCUCUCGCAUGUCCCUCAAAUGUUCGUCGAGGGCUCCUACAAGGCGGACAUAAAACUCAACGACCUCAAGCUGAACCCAAAGGGCACCUUUAACGUAACCAUGACUGAUGUCACGAUGAGGGCGAGACCCAUUGGCGAGCUAUAUGAGCGUGAUGGUCACACCUAUCUGCGUCUGACUAAACUGGAGACUGAGCCCAAGGUGGGUGACCUGAAAUUCUACGCCAAUGGACUAGUUCCCGAUCCGGUUCUUAACGACGUCAUCCUGGACUUUAUCAAUCAGUACUGGCGCCAACUUUAUCAGGCCAUGCUACCAGAGACUUUGGCCGCCUGGCAGCCCCUGAUCUUGAAGUCCACAAAUGACUUCUUCGCUGCGUUACCAUUCGAUAUGCUUGUUACCAAGAAUUGAGAUUCCUGACUUUAUAACUGUUAUAUUAUUUAUACCCUCCGGUUCCAUCUUUUCUACUCAAGGUGUUAACAUAGUUUUUACCGAAAUAAAAAUUAAAAUACUUAAAUA